CAAAAAAUAUAAUAUUCAUUACUAAUCGCUAUUUAGUUAUUACUUUAUUAGUUUAUAGUUCAUAUACUUUUUAAGUGUACUUUAGUGGUGCAGUAAUUGUUGAUUUAUUUUGCUCGGACUACACUAAACAUUUUCUUUACCAUAGACUUUGAUCCAAACACUUCGUGUUUUAAUUUAAACGUCCGAUUUUAAGCUCAAAGCAAAUUUAAUAAGUAUUUAAAUAUUAUUUUACCAUGGCACCCAAAACAGUAAUGGUUCGAAAUCGAAACAAGCUUAAUAAUAGUGUCUUUAUCAAAAAACUAAAUCGCUGUAUGAUAACCAAUAAUAAUUUACGUAAGCGUAUUGAAGAUUUAUCAGAAAAAAAUAAACAAUUAUCAACCACCAGGAAUAGUUUGUUAUUGCAGAAGUUGGAAUUGCAAAAUGAAAUUAAUGCUAUUCGAAAUUCAAAUACUCAACUAACCGCAAUGCAAAAUAUUAUGCAUAGAAAACUUAGUGCACUAGAACAAACUAUACAAAGCUGUGUACCUGCAUUGGUAACUAUGUCACAAUGUAUCCCAUCUAUGUUAGAAAGUGUACAUGAAAUGAAUAAAUUUGAGAUCACAAACUUUAACAAAGAAAAACAAACGAGAACUUCAAGACAUAUGAUCCAUGGUAUGACAAUUACUCAACCAACUGUUUCAAUAAAACAAUUUGAUAUGUCACCUAUCAUUGAAAGUCCUAACUCUAGUUCUGAACAAACUCCAAUAAGAUCAAAAAGAUCUAGUUAUAAAAGCUCACCACACAGCAAACUUAGUGUGGAACCAUAUGUAAGAUUUAAGGAUGUUGCAACUUUGUUGAAAAACUCCAAAACUGUUCCUGAUGAAAGUCCUAAACGUCAACUAAAUGAAAAUUUUGGUGAAGGCUCAAGUUGGUUGAAUACUCAAGAAAAUCAAAUCCAAUAUUUUAACGAAAAUACUAAUGCAACACAGUAUGUUAAUAGUUCUCCUAGAUUCGAUACAUCCAAUGAAGUUCAGGCUGAUGUACAAAUGACUACUUCUACUUUAUUUGGUAGUAUAGAUGAUACAUUUAAUGAAACUGAAGUACGGCUAAGUGAUGUAUUAUCUUCUGUUGAUUCAAGUAUGCUGAGAAAUGUAACAUGUCGGAAACGAACCAAACGAUCAAGUGAAUCAAGCAAUACAUCAGAUAUUAAUGAUUCAAUCUCUUCAGUAAGACCUAGUAGAUCUGCAACAAAAAAGAUUAACUACAAAGAGAAAAGCCUUGGCUGUAAACUCAGAAGAUAACUAUUUAAAUUGCCUAUCAUGAAAACUAAUAAUGAAAUUGUAUCUUAUAUUCAAUAAUAUAUGUUAAUUGU